AUGUUGGUAUUCGCGGUUGUUCACUACAUUGCGAUCUAUGGUUCGUCUCUGAGUGAUAAAUGUGAACAACGUCUCAUUUCCUCUGUGUUACCUAAGAAUCGCUUGAAACACAAAAAUGCAUAUAAGUAUCAAUGUAGUCUGUACAAACGACUCAUCGAUGACGAGAGUGAUCAAUCUUCGUCAAGUAAGGAUGACGAGCGUUUCUCUUUUCUAAAUGACAGCUUGAGACGGGAACCCUCUUUGCGUCACGAUAUCCCAAUGUAUUAUAUAGUUCCAAUUUGUAAUGGUAAAAAGCAGGGAUACGGUGAGAUUCACUUUGGAGGGGAAUAUGAUGCUCUUGUAUAUUCGACAAGCUGGAUCAAUGAUAUCCGAUCCAAUAAAGGUUUUGUGUACAAUCGGAUAACGAGCAAAGUUCUGUGUCUGGUCGACGACUGCGAAACCAUUCUUUUCGAUGAAACCAACUGUCCGCAAUGGGAAAUACUGGACAAGGACAAUGGGGAGAGGUGGGAAGGACUGUCCUAUCGUGGUUCGCCCUGCGGCCUUGGCGAGUAUUACGAUGAGAACAACUAUCUCAUCUAUCGUGGAAUGUGCGUCGACUUCUAUUGGGAGGGCUAUGGACAGAGUUUCUUUCCUCGAACCGUAGGAAACAAGCCACAACUUGCAAGCGAGGGAAUGUGGUGUCAUGGCAAUCUCUUGGGCAUUGCCGAUCGAUUCGAUCUGUUCGGCAACUCCCUGCUAAAAGGAUUGCUGCUCAAUCAAGAGAUGUACGAAUCCUCGCUGGUGAUUCAGGGGAGCGAUUUCUCGAUGGCGAGUUGCUUUGUCGAAGAGCUUGUGGUGGCCAACAACUCGCUGAACACAAUCCAGAGCAUCAAUUUGAGUGUGUUUUGUCUCCUACAACGCUUUAUUGUUGGAGAUAACUGCUGCAGGAAGUGCAAGCGCUUGCUGAUCGCUCACAACAACGCCCUCACCACGACCAUUAUCGGAAAUUACUCCUUUACGACGCAUGGAAACUCGCUCGAGCUUCUUCUGUCCGAUUCGAACGCCAUUCUGCGCAAACGAAAGGCCUUUUUGAUUCGCGAUUUGCCUCGGCUUGAAAUCUUGCAGAUUGGCGUGGGAUCAUUCUCGGACUACUGCGAAUUUUCUGUCACAGACGUUCCGCAACUCAUCUCGAUAGGAAUUGGGAGAAGCGGGCAGCAGGAGAAGCAGAUCGGGAUUUCGUGUUGCUUCUUCUACUGCAGUCGUCUGUUUUUGAAAGAAUUGCCGCAAAUCAAGACGGUGAAGAUCGGAGACUAUUCGUUUUACCAUACGAACUCUGUACUAUUUUGUAACAUGCCCAAACUAUUGUUUAUCAUCGUUGGAAACGGAUGUUUCUUCCGAUCGCUCCAUUACAAGGGAAGACUCGUAUUGCAGAAUCUCCCGUCGUUGGCAGCUUUUACGAGCCUAGAGCAAUCUUUUGUGUCGAUACACUCACUUACUAUUAAGAAUGCUCCUUUGCUGAAGCUAAGGGUGGACGUCCUGAGCAGCUUCUGGUCGUUGCAUCAUCUAGAGUUGGAGAGUACGAAAUUGAAGGUAGUUCUCAGGUAG